AUGCCUCUUGUUCUCCCCAGCUUCUCACUCAAGACGAUCGAUGAUGGGCGGUACCGUUUCCUCGACCUCCUUGGCUCCGGCGCGUACGGCGUUGUCUACCGCGCCGUAGAGCGUGUCCCCGAAGAUUCCAGCCUCGUCAUUCGCGCGAUCAAGAUCAUGCCUGCUGUGGACCCGUUGUCGCACCCAGCGGUGUUGCAAACCCGCGAAACCAAGUUACAUGAGCUCGUCUCCAACGUGGAGAACGUCGUGACGCUGCAUCGCGUGAUACGCACCAAGGACCACGUAUUCAUCGUCAUGGACUACUUCGAAGGCGGCGACCUGUUCAACUUCAUUCACAAGCAUUCUCCGUUCGCGGGGAACACCGCAAGGCUCAAGCGGGUGUUCCUCCAGAUCAUCGACGGCGUCGCAGCCUGUCACAAGAGGGGCGUGUACCACCGCGACCUCAAGCCGGAGAACAUCAUGACAAACGCGUCGCUCUCCCGCGUAUGCAUCUCCGACUUCGGGCUCGCGACGAGCCGGAGGUCCAGUACGGCAUUCAACACCGGCAGCAAGCGCUACAUGUGUCCUGAAUGUGUCGACUGCUCCGACACCGACUACCCGUACGACACCCCCCGCGCCGACACCUGGGCUCUCGGCAUCAUCCUCCUCCACCUCGCAGUCCUCCGCGUCCCCUGGUACAAGGCGACGCUCACCGACGCGUCCUUCCGGCAGUACAUCACCGACCCGACCCACCUCCGGAACACGUUCCCGAUCUCGCCCGCACUCGACGCGCUCCUCCACCGCGUGUUCACCAUCGUCCCCGAGUCCGCGCUUUCGCUCGCCGAGUUCCGCGCGGCGGUCGAGGCCGUGGACACCUUCUGGAUGAGCCGCGCGGAGAUCGCG